GUCAACUUCAAUCUGACAAAAACGGCAAGAUUGGUUGAAAAUACAUGUCGCUUCUCCAUUCAAUGUGAGCAAUUCCACUAAAUACCAUAAUCGCUAGCAGAUGCCGUGCCCCCGUUACCUCUCUUACCGUCAUGGCGCCGCCUACGAAGCGUCGGAGACGAAAUAUCGUGCAAGCUUCUUCGGACGAUGAAGAGGAACCGAAACCAAAGACAAACGUUCUUAGCCAAUACCUAUUCUCUUCACCUGAACAACGAAACACCACCGCAGGGAUCUCUCGAGCUACACCCACCUCACCCAGCCCAGUGAGAAAGACGUCACGUACCCUAGCCUCACAACCUUCGAAACCGAAACAAACGUCAAAGUCUCUUCAAUCGAGUAAUAAUGGACUCAAGAGCGCUAGUACCAGCCCUGAAAAACCUAAGACUCGGUCCUUCACGAAGGGCAAACGGGCAGAAAAAGAUAAGAGUGCAGAUCUAGUAACUAUGUUUUCUAGACAAGCACAACGGGCGCCGACAAUAUCACCAACUAAGAGAGAUGAUAUCAUCAGCGAUCCAAUUUCAGAGGAUGACGACGUGGGGGAGCAUAGAGCCGCAAGCAGUAGUCGAGUCGGACAGAACGCUCGUAAACGUUUCCGAGAUGCCUCUCAAUCCAGUCAACCGACUAGUGUCCCGAUCGUUAUAUCAAGCCAGAAGUUCCUGAAACCACCUCGCCCUCAACAAGGUCUUGUGGCAAGCGACGAACAGCGACCGUGGUUCGAACGAUUUGCUCCUGUGAACUUGGAUGAACUUGUAGUCCAUAAGAAAAAAGUGUCUGAUGUUCGCCGGUGGCUUGAAGAUGUCAUAGCUGGUCGAAUGCGUCAAAGGCUACUUAUACUAAAAGGUGCUGCGGGAACGGGGAAAACAACUACGGUUCAGCUCCUUGCUAAGGACAUGCACUGCGAACUUCUUGAAUGGAGGAAUCCGGUUGGUUCUCUGGGGGCGAACCAAGGGUUCCUAUCAGCAUCGGCACAAUUUGAAGAGUUUAUGGGAAGAGGUGGAAAAUUUGGGCAGUUAGAUAUUGAUCUGGACUCAACUCCUUCGAGUCUCCCCAAGAACGAUGUUAAUGAUAAUACGAAGAAGAUCAUCCUCAUUGAAGAAUUUCCAAACACCUUUACUCGCUCAUCUACGGCUUUAGCGGCCUUUCGGAAUACUAUACUACGAUACCUGGCUUCAAAUACGCCAUCGCUUGCUACAUUUGGCCGCCAAACGUCCUCAGAACCUAUAACCCCUGUCGUUAUGGUCAUAUCAGAAACUCUCCUCACUACUACUUCGGCAUCUGCAGACAGCUUUACUGCCCAUCGGCUAUUAGGUCCUGAAAUUACGCGACAUCCAGGCUGUUGCGUUAUAGAGUUCAAUGCCAUUGCACCCACUCUCCUCUCGAGCGCGCUGGAGUUGAUCGUCCAGAAAGAAGCCCGGAAAUCAGGUCGACGCCGAACUCCAGGUCCACAAGUUUUAAAAAGAUUAGGAGAAAUAGGAGACAUAAGAAGCGCAGUCUCAUCGCUCGAAUUUCUCUGUCUCAAAGGAGACACAGCGGAUUGGGGUUCUAAAGUUACAUUUACAAAACCUAAGCGCGGAUCGAAAAACGAAGUCUCACUAACUCAAAGCGAAGUAGAAACUCUGCAGCUUGUCUCACAACGAGAAGCUAGUUUGGGUAUAUUCCAUGCCGUUGGAAAGGUGGUAUAUAACAAGAGAGAUGAGCGACCAAUGAGUCAACAAACGCCCGAAGGCCAAGCUGAAAUACUCCCUGAUUUCAUGUCUCACCUUUCUAGGCCAAAACGGUCUGAGGUUUCUGUCGAUAGCCUUAUCGAUGAGACUGGCACCGAUACCCACACUUUCAUUUCAGCUCUCCAUGAAAACUACGUGCUAUCAUGCGAAGCUACCGGGCCGUCUGAUCCAAAUUCCUCGCUUGACUAUAUUAGUAAUUGCAUCGAAUAUUUAUCCGAUAGUGAUCUGCUUUCGCCGUCAUGGGAUUCAUUCUUCCGCGGCCAAGGGUCCAGCAUGUCCACAUUUUCGGGUCGAGAUUCGGCAAGUCACGUAUUAAGGCAGGAUGAAAUUACUUUUCAAGUCGCAACAAGGGGACUUCUGUUCUCACUUCCGAAUCCCGUGAAACGGAUGUCGAAAACAUCCGGAAGAGGCGGCGGCGAUGCUUAUAAAAUGUUCUACCCCACAAGCCUUAAGUUGUGGCGGGAGAAAGAGGAGUUGGAAGGUGUUGUGGAUCACUGGGCCUCAAAGUUGCUUAAAGGGGACGAAACGGGCCAGAAUCUCACCCAAGGCGCUUCUGCAUUCAGACGGCCGAAGUCAGCAACUGGCAAUGGGGAAUGGAUAAACAAGCACCAAGCUCCAUGGCGUAAUAAUAGUCAACCUAAGCAAACCGAGCCAGCUCAGGACCAACAACCAGCGCCACUGCUCUUCCUAGGAAGUUCGGCUCGCAGGGAAUUGCUCCUCGAACGCUUACCUUACAUGGCGCACAUAGCCCGCGGACGUAGAAACGUAGUAGGCGCAGCCCGGAUGCGGGAUAUCGAAAAAGUCACCUCAUUCUCCGGGAUCGGGGACGCGGCCGCUGACGAGGAUGCGCUUGACGGCGACGAUAAUGCGGAGCUGAACGCUGAGGCGUGGGCUACGGAUAAACCGACUGAAGAGGGCUCGCCUAGGAAGAAAAGGGUUGUGGGUAUUGGUUUCCGCCAAAAGAGUGAUUCAACCGCGCCGGCACCGGCUUUUCAGAAGCUGGUGCUUAGUGAUGACGAUAUUGAGGAUUGAUCUGUCGCUUACUUGCCCUAGGUACUGGGCUGUGUGUUGUACAAUAAGAAUAAACGAGAUUAUGUUAUUUGUCAAGGCAACCGCAAAUUACGGUCUUCGUAGGAGGGAAUGGUAGGGUGCCUUUGUGGAUUGAACGGGAUGGCGUUCUGUGUCUUGGGAGGGAUUAUGUGCGAGAAAACUUGUAGGCUUAGUUAGGUACAGUACAUAGAGCGGAUAUGGGUUAAUACUGCCUAGGUGCUGUUACCGACGGUGUAAAAUGUGGCUGGAGUGUGGAGUGAUAUGAAUGUUUUGCCAGUUAUGAUAUCUGAUCGAUCCGGCUUCACAGGAGACUCGAAACGAAUCUAACGCAUGAGUAUGUGCAUCGGGAAUUUAGUAAGUACGCCGCUAAAGGAGAGGUGAUUAUGCCCGGCAGUGAAGAUUUCCCGUGAACCCGAAUAACGGGAUCCUGGAGGGAUGAUGUGGUAUUUGCGGCGUUCUUGUACCUAGAGUACAUGCCUAGAUCUGUACAAUGGCUGGCCCUAACAUCUCCAAUAUUGUAUGUCCCUGGGUAAGGUACCGUAGGCUGCGUAGGGAGGCUCUAUUGAAA